AUGGACUAUUCGUCACUUCCACACGAUCCAGAACAUCCUGUCGACUCAUCCCCGUGGGGUUCGACUUCACCUCGAGCCGAUCGUACGUUCCCCGCAUCUGACGUUCCUCCAUCUCCGUUGUCUCCCCAGUCACCAUAUGGCGGCUCAGACAAUGAACCCCAUCAAGGUGAAGAGUCUGCAACGCGGGAUCUAUCCGAGCGACUCCAAGGUUCCCAGAUCGAAGACCAAAUCCAUGGAGAACCCACCAUCCACCCCCGCUCCAAUUCUCAGCAACAACCUCCGCCACGAGCACAAGUUUCGGCUAGGUAUCAAACUGGAGCAAGAAAUAAAGUGCGCCCAAGUGCUCCCCAGUACAAAUUACAGGCUAAAAUUACGGGAUUGGAGAGGACUGGAAAAAAGGAUCCUAUCUUGCGGUUUGACGUGCACACAAACAUACCCAAGUUCCGAACGACACAAUUCCGCGACGUUCGUCGAACACAUUCUGAGUUUAUCAAGCUUGCUGAUCAUUUAAUAUCCUCCAACCCUGAGGCAAUUGUGCCAGCCGUACCUCCUCCAUUGACACCAGCUGGCGCAGGAACCGAUGAGGAUGAGAUUCGGGUGAAAGCGUCAAUGCAGAGAUGGUUCAAUUACGUUUGUGCCAAUGACGCUCUUAUGCAGGAUGAUGAGAUGAUUCUUUUCGUCGAGAGUGAUUUCGGUUAUAGCCCCGUCGUUAGAAUGAAACAGCCAGCGACUGGAGUCCGGCGAAAAGUGCUGAAACAAUUUGCACCUCCUCCAGAUGAUACGCCAGAACUACAAGAUGCACGCCCUGUUGUUAAAUUGUUCUAUUUGGGAACGAUGGAUACAGGCCAAAAGAUAGACCGUGUUGUGAAAGCCAGAAAAAGUCUUGCUCUCGCAGAAUCCGAUCUCGGCGUAAAAGUGGGCCAGAUGCACGUCCAAGAAACCCACCCGGGCCUCGCUAAUGCGUACCGUAAACUCGGGAAAGUAAUUCAAGCAGUUGGUGACUACCACGCUGCACAGGGGACUGCAGAGGCGACUACCUUUGGUGACCCUCUAAAUUACCACUCAUCUGAUGCCUUUAUCGUCAAAGAGACCCUGACGAACCGACACAUCCUGCUUCGGGAGUUGAUACAAGCUCAACAGACCGCGCGAAGCAAGCGCGCCGCCGCCGACAGAUUGAAGGGGAGCACCUCCGUUCGCCCUGAAAAGGUUGACGAAGCCAUCAGCUCUCUCGAGGACGCGCAAGCCCAUGAAGAAUACUUAACCAAGAAAACCCAACGCGUAACAGUUAACCUCCUGCAAGAAAAGCGUCGAUGGUUUAAGCGUACGACGUCUGACAUGCUACUCAGCAUCCGUGAAUAUACCCUCCGGGAAAUAGAGGCUGAGCGUCGCACUCUUAGCACACUUGAAAGCGUCCGGGCAGACAUCCGUUCAAUCGAUGCCUCUGGCGGCCUGAGCCGGCUGGGUCGCGAAUCUCAUCCUGCGGCUCGUCGGGCCAGCCUGGCAGCAAGUCAGGGUCCCAAAGGCGAUGCAUGGAGUGGCGUACCGCGCCGCGGUGACAGCUUAAAUCGAAGCAUAAGUGGAAGUUUUGUCUCACCUAUUCUUGAGCAUGAGGUUCAGUCUAAUGGAGGGAGAUCACAUAGCCGCUCACUCAGCGGGUCGGGAAUGAUUGGUCUGCCUGAGGAAGAGGAUGACGAUCGAGUGGACGCUAAAAAUGCGGCAAGCCGCUUGGCCACAAGUACAUUCUAA